AUGCCCAAGCCUGGGGGCAGUGGAGGGCCACCCGGGAAGGACAGCAGUGGCAUAUGUCGAAGCAGUAGCAUCAGCAGUGGGAAUAGUGGGUCUGGAGGCAAGAUGCUGUCCCUGUCAUCCAUGAGUGAGAGUGUGCACAGUGGCCUGAGCUGUUUCUUGUCAGAGCAAGCACUGGAGCAGGAAGAAAAGCAGCAGCGCAGUAGCCAGUUAGCAGAGUUUCAGCGGCUAAGAGAGGUUCGUGCAGCUGCUCAACUAAAAAAUCUGGAGGAUUUCCUUAAAAUGAACCAUGUUUCACUCAGGGACAGCAUGGCUUAUUCCACUGGCAUGAUAUACAGAAAUCUAGGCAAAUCGGGACUGAGGGUGUCCUGUCUUGGAUUAGGCACGUGGGUCACCUUUGGAGGCCAAAUAACCAAUGAGGUGGCAGAGGAGCUGAUGACUUUGGCAUAUGAGAAUGGGAUCAAUUUGUUCGACACAGCGGAAGUGUAUAAUGUGGGAAAGGCUGAAGAUGUCUUGGGAGGUAUCAUAAAGAAGAAAGGAUGGAGGCGUUCCAGUUUAGUCAUCACUACCAAGAUCUUCUGGGGCGGAGAAGCAGAAAUGGAAAGAGGAUUGUCUAGAAAACAUAUAAUCGAAGGUCUAAGGGCAUCACUAAAGAGACUUCAACUGGAUUACAUAGAUGUGGUUUUCGCUAAUCGACCAGAUCAUAACACACCUAUUGAAGAGACAGUGAGAGCAAUGACCCAUGUGAUCAACCAGGGGAUGGCCAUGUAUUGGGGGACCUCACGAUGGACCUCUAUGGAGAUCAUGGAGGCAUACUCAGUGGCUCGACAGUUCAACCAGAUCCCACCCAUCUGUGAACAAGCAGAGUACCACAUGUUCCAAAGGGAGAAGGUUGAAGUGCAACUCCCUGAACUCUUCCACAAGAUAGGCAUUGGAGCUAUGACAUGGUCUCCAUUGGCUUGUGGGAUCCUCUCAGGGAAGUAUAACAAUGGCAUCCCCUCUUAUUCUCGUGCCUCGCUUAAGGGUUAUCAGUGGAUGAAGGACAAGAUCAUGAGUGAGGAGGGACAUCGUCAGCAGGUGAAGCUAAAAGAGUUGCAGGCAGUUGCUGAGAGACUAGGCUGCACUCUGCCCCAACUCGCUAUUGCAUGGUGCCUGAGAAACGAGGGAGUGAACUCUGUCCUGCUAGGAGCUUCCAGAACUGACCAACUGAUGGAGAAUAUCAGAGCAAUAAAGGUUCUUCCAAAGUUAUCACUGUCCAUUGUAUCUGAGGUGGAUAACCUCUUGGGAAACAAGCCCUAUAGUAAAAAGGACUGCAGAUCCUAA